AUGACUCUUCCUCUUCCUCUUCUUCUUCUUCUUCUGCUGUGCUUCAUCAGUUAUAGCGGAUCCUCCAGUAUAUCUGUGUCAGGAUUAAAGGGAGGAAUCGUCACUCUAUCCUGUGGAUCUGAGGACAGAGAGAUUGUGGAUAUCAGUUUAUUCCAUCGGUCAAAAAAGAUCCCUGUGUGUGAGAGAAACUGCAGCGGUCGAGUGUGUAAAGAAGGAUCAUGUGAUGUCAUCAUCAACAACCUGAUCUACAGGGACGCUGGGAAAUACUUUUUACAUGUUUAUUACAAUAAUGAUCAGACAGAAGUAAAGCGACUAAUGCUGGAGUAUAAACUUCAUAUUCACGAUGAGAUCUCAGUGAAGAAAGGAGAGCAGCUGAAGUUGGAUGUUCUGUUGACCAAUGCUGAUAAAGUGGAGAGAAACUCUGGCUCCGGCUGGACAGAGCUGUGGAGGAGAGGUCACGGGGUCAGCAGUGAUGGACUGAGCGUCAGUCUGACCAUUAGUAAUUUUACAGCCAACGACACUGGAUCAUACAGAGUUCUGGACUCUAAUAAUGAAACCUUGAUCACAGUCACAGUCACAGAAUCUAGAACAGAAUCAAAGGGGAAACUGGAUACUGAUGAUGAUCACAAACCGAAUGAGCAACAUAAUCACUGGGUUAUUGUGCCGUCAGUGUGUGGAGCUCUGCUGGUUCUGGCGGCUGUGAUUGUGUUUGUUGUCAUCAGGAAACACCAAUGUCAGAACAGGAACGCUGAUCAUGAUCCCUUCCAAGGGGUCCCAAUGCAAGAAAGAGAAUAGUAGUCCAGAACUGCGUCCGGAAACUGAUAAAUGUCUUCGUAUAGGACGCAUUUCAAAAUCGUGAGGCA